CAGUGAGGCGCCUCUGAGAGAAACGGACAGCGGCGUUUCUGCAGCUGCUGUUGCUACACAGUUUAGCUGCGUUUGUCGUUUAGACGGAAAACGCUGCAGCUGUCGCCAGGGUUGAAUAUACUUCUAAGAAAUGACAAAAUGUCUAAAGAGCCCAAGAGCCAACUUGGUGAGAAUGAAGACAGAGAUGAUGGUGAAGUAGUGGGCGGUAAGCUGAAGUAUGUGAAGGGUGAUCUGUUCUCCUGCCCUGCCACGGACGCCCUGGCACACUGCAUCAGUGAAGAUUGUCGCAUGGGAGCUGGUAUCGCUGUCCUCUUUAAAAAGAAGUACGGCGGAGUGGAUGAAUUGCUAGCACAAAAGAAGCAACCUGGAGAAUGUGCUGUACUUAAGAGAUCUGACCGAUUUGUUUACUACCUGAUUACAAAGAAGAAAUACAGCCACAAGCCCACCUAUCAAACCCUCAGACAAAGCCUGGAAGCCAUGAAAGCACACUGCUUGGACAAUGGAGUGACCGGACUGUCGAUGCCUCGGAUUGGCUGUGGCUUGGAUCGACUAAGCUGGGACAAGGUGUCAGUGAUGAUUGAAGAAGUCUUCCAAAACACAGAUGUGGCCAUCACUGUAUAUGUACUGUAGCCCAUGGCGAUACAGGUAGAAGAUUUGCACUUGUACUUGAUGGUUGGAUGUUCCUGGGGACAGUACGAUAGGGCUGUGAAAAGAAUGAUGAUAUGCAAAGUCUGUUAGACUAAAAAAAAUCUCAGGCUAAAUGAAUCAAUUUCUUGGUGUAAAUUACGGACUAAGUAUUGUUUUUUUGUAUUGUUCUUUGAUGAAGUUCUGAGAGUUGUUGUGGUAAAUGGAUCAUAAAGCAUGUUGACCACUAGAUGGAGUCAGUGCUUUGAAAUACUCUGUAGCCGUCUGCUACAUUUGUUGAAUUUUUUAUUUUAGUACCAGUUUAAUCAUUUCUGCUGGUUGUGAUUGAAUGAAACAAAUGGAUGCCUCACAAAAUAAAUGUUUAAUUUUCAUAACCAUA